AUGACUCGCGGAAAUCAGCGUGAUAAAGAUCGUCAACGAGCGUUGGCGCGGAAGGACAAGAUGUCUAAGGGAGGCACUAGCCAGAUUGAAGCUAACCAGAAGGCGCUUGGUAUUAUCUGCACUGUUUGUCGACAGCAGUUUAUGGUAACGCAAAAGAAGAGCCAGCUAGAACAGCAUAUCCUAGCAACUCGUGAUGGUAACAAGUAUUAUGAUGAGGAAGUGAGGAUGUGGGUAUUUGACGAAGAAGUUGAUUACAAGGGCGAGAAGCGAAGUUUGGUCGAUGUUAUUAAUACACAUCAUGAAAAUGUGAAGUACCUGCCUGGUAUCACACUCCCCGAUAAUGUUGUGGCCAAAGCUGACCUCAAAGAGGCUGUUGUCGGUGCUGAUAUUCUCAUAUUCGUCCUUCCUCAUCAAUUUCUGCCAAAAGUUCUCUCACAGAUCAGAGAUUCAGGACUAUUCAGGACUAUACAUAU